AUGGAUCCAACCCCCCGGACCACGUCCAAAGAGGUAUCGCAGGAGGAGAUCGACAAUGCACUCCGCGUUCUGAGGAUGUGCGGCAAAUUCAUAACCAUUGCCAAAGAAGAAUUUGAGCGUGAUUUCUCGAUUUCGAUCCAUCAAGCGAUCCAUCGUCAAGCCCUUGAGAGUGACAUCUAUGGCAUCCUCAACUCCGUCUCCGUCUUGUCUUGUCUAGCUUCCCGACCCGAAGCCCGCGCUGAAGUCUCCUUGAUUUCGUAUCCUCAGUACAACUCUACUUACAACAAAACAGCCAAUGCGGUCGAAGUGAAUACGUCCACCCAAAUCCCUGAUUUCGCCCGCAUCCUCCUCCGCCCCAAGACAACCGAUCGAGGCCCAAAGCCCGAACUCCUACCCACCAAGCUGGUCGCUGAUUUCUGGGAAGCCAAACGACUCGAUAUGGAAACGACGCCAUCAGCGGAUGGGAAAGUUGCCGAUUGGUGGUCUGACCUUGCGAGUCAGCGCGCAUACAAAAGUGCAGUCUUCCACUACCCCCAACUUUGUGAUCAGGCGGCAGCAAUCUUGCGCGACAAUCCCUCUCAGGAUUCAGUGGACGGUAUCAUCGUCUCUGACCCCACCCCAGGACUUCACUCUGAUGGUCAUAUCAACAAUGGACUCACCGUACUUGAGCGAAUCGAGAACAUGGAAUUCCCGAAGGUUGUCGCUCUGAAUCAGCGCAUCGCCGUGGUUCCUAGGGAGAAGUGGACCAAGUUCAAGGUGGCUGUUCGGGAACAGCUCUCAAAAGGGUUUCGAGAGUCCGUAAACGCCAUCCAACACGACAAUGCGGAGGGGAUGCCAAACAGGACGUACCUGAACAGUCCUCCUGUGUCCCGUGACACACCGUUCUAUGCCCCCUAUCGGCCCGUCGAGUCCAAGAGGCCGUCACUACCACGACCAGGUAGUUCCAAAGGCAUAGAAGCCAUCGUGAAGGCCAAGCGUCCUCAGACGUUACAUUCGCAGAACCUUGCCAUUCCUACCAAAAGCCGCCGGCAAAAGGCGGCUGAGAAGGAGCGACAUGACAUCGAUGCAGGGGUCUCUUCGGCGGGUGCUCGAAGCGGCUCUGAGCCAGAUGAGGAGAUUAGGGUGGAAGGAGUUCCUGGUCACACCGGUCCGCCUGGUUCGCGACAGACUCGUGCGAGCACACGUGCUUCAAGUCGGUCUGACGGGAACACGUCGGCUGGAGCGGCGCUUUCCGGCGAGGGACCUGAUGGAGAAACAACCAAUGCAAAACAAAUCAAAGGCAAGGGCAAGGGCAAGGAAAAGGGCGCGGGGAAAGAUACGAAGGCCGCAGGGCAUGGCGGAUUUCCGGACCCAAGACUCGCACUCGUGGCGGGCAUUGUCAUGCCACCUGCCCUGAAGAUGAGGGACACUGGCUCAAGGCGGCGGGCAGCCGCUCGGUCGCGCUCUGAAGCCACAGAUGAUGGCCAUAAUCCUUCGACUCUGCCCUCCUCCACAGAACCCGUUCAACCGCGCCUCGGACGCAUCGAUGUUGGCCAGUCCUCCGAGACUUCUUCCUCUCGCGCCAUCAGACUCCUGACGGAGCGAUACUAUUCACCGAAACCCAGUUUCGCAGUCGUAGAAGACACGGACAUAGAAGGGGUGCAGUCAAUGGGCGACGAUGACGACGACGACGACGACGACGACGACGAAAAAGAAGACGAAACCGGCGAAGACGGCGACAACGAGGACGAAGACGAGUUGUAG